AAUCUUUUUCCCCUACCAAUCACACCAAACCUCAAGAACCAAUCAUCUCCAAUUUUCUCUUCUAAUACUCUCAACUCAUUCUUUGAAAGCCCAUAUGGACCUUUUUGUGCCCUUUUCAAGAAUGAUACCAGCUCUAGCAGUAGCUUUAAUAUUUCUGAUUUUUCCUGCUCAUGGCCAGAUCAAUACCCCAUGUACGCCUUCGUUGCUUUCUGUCUUCACUCCUUGUAUGAGUUUCCUUACAAAUAGCACGGCAAAUGGUACUUCCCCAACUUCAGACUGCUGCAGUUCACUUAAGAACCUCACAGGGAAUGGCAUGGACUGUCUGUGCCUUAUUGUAACUGGAAGUGUUCCUUUCCAAAUUCCUAUCAAUAGAACCUUAGCCAUCUCUCUCCCUCGUGCCUGUAACAUGGCUGGCGUCCCAGUUCAAUGCAAAGCCUCUGGUUCGCCACUUCCUGCUCCAGGUCCUGCCUCACUCGGACCGACUCCAUCUCCUCGAAUUUCUCCAUCUGCUAGUCCUAAAGCAGCUUCAGUUGUUCCUGAACCAACACCAUCAACUAGUCCGCCAGAAUCCAGCACAACACCAGUCCUGACUCCAUCAUCACCAACGGUAGAUACUGGUGCCCCAACUUCAACUACUGGAAGUCGCCCGGUUUUGACUCCUCCAUCAGCUGCAAUCCCUUCUUACAGCAUUUCACCUUCUGUUCUGCUAUUUGCAAUAGGAUUUUUAGUUUUGAAAUAUUACUAGACUUACAUAUGUAACUUUUCAUUAGAAUUAUUCUUUUGGUGUGUGAUUACUAUUUUUUUUUGGAUAAUUAUUGACACGAUUGAGGGCCUUAUUGGGAGAUUAUUUAUUGAAUUAAA